AUGACCGGGCUGAUCGGGCUCGGCAUGCGCUGCUUCCUCUGGGGCACCUACCUGGUGGCCACCGAAGUUGUGCCUUACUCUCUAGGAAAGCUCACUGGACUGAGGAUCGACAAUCCUGAACAUCCUGACCCGGGUGUCGAGCUCAAGGCGUUCCUAGCGCCAUUGCUCCUGCUACAACUCGGUUACCCAGAUAAUCUCACUGCUUAUUCAAUGGAAGACAAUCAGUUGGGUCUGAGACAGGCCUUGAACAUGAGCAUCAUCGUGAUGGUGGUUGUCAUCAUUCUCAUCAGAUGUUGGAACUACACUGAUUUCGCGAUAUUGUACUUCCCGAUGUUUCUUGCAGGUGUCAUCAAGUAUGCAGAAGGGAUAUGGGCUCUCAAGUUCUCGCUUAGCUUGAACACCGGCAUCACUGUCAAAGAAAUUGCCAAGGAGGAAAUGGUUCCUCGGUUCCCGGAUGGUUUGCGAAAAAUUGACGGUCUUGGUUUGGUUGUCAAGGCUUAUUACCGUUUCCAUUGCUUAAAACCUCACCUGGAGGACUGGAUCUAUCAUCCCCGCUAUGUAUCUAAUGACCAACUCUCAAUAGAUAAUUGUUCGCACCAAGAGGCCUUUAGGAUCACCGAAAUCGAGCUAGGACUCAUGUACGACAUGCUUUAUACCAAGGCACCCGUGAUUUAUACCAAGCUGGGCUUGUUUGUCCGGUUUGCCAGCUUCUUCUGGCUAGGCGUCACCCUAUGCGCGUUCAGUGCUUUGGAAAAGUCGAUCAAUCCUCUAGCCGAGAUCACGUACAGUCGCACGAAGAGCUUCAGCUCGUUCGUGUAUACUUACCAGUACAGGAGAUUCACUUUCUCUGUGCUGCUGCUGGCUUUCCUUUUGGAGGCUUACCAGAUCCUGCUGUUACCCUACUCCGAGUGGGCUAUUGCGAAGAUGUCGAAGCAUUAUAAUUGGCCGCUUGUCCCCACGUUCUUGCGAAUUGUAGCGCCCAGGUCCGCUUACAAGUGGAGGCAGUGGUCGGAUUCGCUGUACCAGUUCAACCUGCUUCGCUAUUGCCUGCGACGCGACUGGACGAGGUACAUCAAGUUCCUAAACUUUUGGGGCAUUUAUGAGUACAUCAAAUGGAACUGGAGACUCUAUAGGAUGGGACCUGUGAGCCUCCCUGAGAACUUGAAGGAAAGCGUGUGGGAGGAGUUAAAGGUUUUCGAAGAGGCUCGAGACACCCGCCCAUUUAGCAAAAGAGGGGAGUGGAGUUUUGAUAGAUACGGGGUCAGCGCCAACGACGAGAUCCGGCGGAGCAUCAAGACCGCGUUUGAUAAGAGCAUUCUCGUAUGGCACAUCGCGACAGAUAUAUGCUACCAUCGUCAUUCGGACGAGAACGAAUCUUCCGAGCGACAAUGCCAUUCGAACAAUGAUGAAACACCCGAUUGCCGCUCUGGAAGCAAGCUGAUAUCAGACUACAUGAUGUACUUGCUCGUCAUCCGUCCAAAGAUGCUGUCGACCACCACGGGGAGCAUUGUGUUUAGGCAUGCAUGCCAUCGGGUCAAGGAGAUCCGAACAUCUCCAGAAAUAACGGAAUCUCAGUUAGCUGAUAGCAUUUUCAACCAUGACCAAAGUUCCAGGUCAUCAAGUCCGGGGCAGCACCACGAGACAUUGGUGACGUCGGGAUGGGACGUAAUAUCGGAUGCACAGGGUCUCGCGAGGAAUUUGCUGGCUAGGCCGGAUAGGUGGAAGCUCAUGAACAGUGUGUGGAUGGAGAUGCUUUGCUAUGCAGCGGCGAGCAGUCGGUCGUCUUACCACGCUGAGCAGGUCCGGCGAGGCGGAGAGUUGAUCACUCUGGUUUGGUUGCUUUUAGCUCAUAAGACAGACACAUUGCAAUCCGUGAAUUCGCUGAAAACUUAG